AUGUCCGUAUUUACCCCACCUUCGACUAUGAGUAAACCUAUGUGCGUGGACAUACUGACUUUAACCGGCCUAAGACCGGCCCGCAUAUUUUUAGCGGGAAUACGAAGUGAACCUUGUACGGAAUACGGUUGUCCUGGACGACCACAAUAUGAACCCUUCGUUCCAGCACCUCCAGGACAUACUCCAGGAUGUGCUAAACCUGGUCAAACGUUUUGCGAAUCUUUGGAUCAUUAUCCUCAACAACUAAUAAAAUUCCUCAUCGAUAAGUGUAGCUUUGACUUCGGUACGGCGUUGAGGGAUGAGUCUAAUGAGAAUUUGAACGCUUACAGCCCAUCACAUGAUUAUCAUCAAGGCUAUGAGUAUCCACGACAGGAUGCUCCUACCUUAUAUUCACAGUCUUUGCCCAUUUUACCGAUUCAUCGUCCAGUUAAUAGACAACCAACUGUAAUAUACGGGUCUUUGUUUAAUAAUACUCAUCACAAUGGAUACAAAUAUGUAACACCAUCGAGACCUGAGAGAAAUCCAUUGUUGGACGCUGGAUCUUUAUCAAAGUAUCAUCCACAACAGCAUUCAGAAUUGCCUGUAUUUUCCCCAACGCCAUCUUUAAAUUCAUUCAAGCGAGAUCAAACUUGGUGGACGAACAACGGGUAUGCACGUAACAAUAAAGUAACACCACGAACGUUCCACGAGAAUCCGCUUUUACAGUAUGUAAAUUUGAAAACAAAACGAAGAAAGAGGCAAACAGAUAUCGAUACUAUUACUCUUUGUCCAACCGAAGCUCAGUACAUCGCACCAAGGGCUGCACUUAACAAUCGGGGUAACUGGAUGUACGUUGUUAAUAUUUUAGAACAAAACGAAAAGUACUCGCAAUUAGUCAAAAGUGAAAAGUGUUUGACAAAAACAUGUAAUGGUAUAUGCUCUGUCCCUCUUGGAUAUACGAGUACAUGUGAACAACAGUUCGUACAAAAGAGAUUGGUUGCCUUAGAAGGUACUGGUAAUCGACUUUACACCGAUGUUUUUUGGUUCCCGCAUGGUUGUUCGUGUCAGAUUAAAUUCAACGGCGAAUAAUAUA